CAAUUUCUAUUAUUUAUGCCAGAAAAAUGCUUUAGCGGGCUCUUAGACGUUAAAAAAUUUUAACGGCGACCAUUUCGCUGUGCAAUAAUUACUCUCUCGACCUCAAUGUGCUCUCUCUCUCUCCCUCUCUCUCUCUCUUAGGCUCUCUCCAAACUCUUUCACCAGUAACCGUUCCCGAAAACUUCCACCGGAAAACAAACCCGAUUCAAGCUUCAGUUGGUCGGUCUUUGAAUUGGGUUCCCAAAAAGCAAUAAUCCAUCUUUUGUUUUUCUUAUUUAGAAUUAGGGUUUUCAGAAGGAGUAGUGGGUUGGUUUAGCUGAAAAAGCUAGUUUAUGGUUCACGUUGAAGGUUUUGCCGACAAUAGCGAGGACUGAGGAGAGUAAGAAGCUAUUUUGUGGAAUGGUAUAAAGGUGAUGUGGGAUUUUUUGCUUUGGAUGCGACGGCUUCUAGUCCAAGAGAAAAAGGAAAUGAACGUUAGCGAGUAGUGAGUUUCACAAAAAAAGCUUUUAAGGAUUUGAAAACUGAUUGAAAUAUAUUUUAUGGGUUUUCUUUAAAAAGAAGAAAAGGAUAAGAGUUUGUUCGGGCUAUUUGGAUAUAUAUUGGAUGGAGAUGAGCGGGUUUAGGCCUGAACCUCAUGUAGCACAACAAAGCCGACGUGAUAAACUCCGAGUCCAGCAAACUUCAACACCAACGUCUCAUCACAAUUUGGAUACUACUUUUCCAAACCAUUUAGAGCAGUUCACAGUCCACUCGGGCCUAAAUAGCCAAGAUAUCGUUCAGGUUCGAAAUGUUAGGAAUGCAAAUUUACUGUAUGACCCAACAAUGUUUCCUUCUGAAAUGCUCGAUUUCUCAAGGAAUGCCAAUAAUGUUUUACAUGCUCAUGAUAGACCAGACACAGAAACAUGUCAAGAUUUAUCUGCAGCAGCAGCUCAACCCGAUAGGUCAUCAAUGGCGGUUAGUCAUGAUCAUCACCCGCAUGGGUUUGGGAGUUGGAGGAGCUUCAAUAAUAAUAAUCCACAGCAAAGCUUGGAUAAUUGGGUGGUGAAUUAUGGAACUAGUGGUGGUAAUUCAGUGGGGAGUGAAAGUGGUCAAAACAAUCCGAUGUUUGUCCGCGAAUUAAAUGCUAAUAUCAAUCCAUUGAAGUCUAGUUGUUACAGUGGGUAUCAAGAUUUACAGUACCACAACACACUUGAAGAUGUUGUUACGGCUUCUGCGUCAAGAAAUCAAGCAGGGAUUGAAAUUUCUUCACUUGCAAACGAGCUUGUUCUUCUUCCGAACUUUGUAAACCAAUCAACUGGUCUACGAUUCGAUAAUGCUGCUGCUGCUGUGGAUCACCAUCAAUGGAGUGAAGGGGAAUUGGGUUUCAAUAUUGGAAAAAAAAUUGACGAAGAGUAUCGAAACGUCGUGACCGAUUCGAACCCUCCACAAGGUCUUUCUCUAUCACUUUCCUCGAAUCCACCUUCUAAACUUCCCGCAACACAUUUCGAUGGUUGUGGAGGAGGUUCCGAGGAUCUACAUUCGAGAAGUAUGAAAUCUGGAUACUUAUGCUCGAUUCCGAAACCUUCUAUAAUCAGUAAAGCAGGAGGUGGGAAAUCUCUCCAAGACAUUGUUGGGAUUUCUUCUGCAAAUGCUUACAGGAACACUGGCCCUUUAGGCCCUUUCACUGGAUACGCAACCAUUUUGAAAAGUUCAAAAUUUUUGAAACCGGCACAACAGUUGUUGGAUGAGUUUUGUUGCAUAACUGUGGGUUCGAAACGGUUCGAAACUGGCGGUGACUUGUCGGAGAGGAUUUCUCGUGAAGUGAGCGUUUCGGCUUCUGCUUCGGCUUCUGUUGAUGCUAUGGAUGCAAUUGAAACGGAGAUUGUAGGGAAAGGAAAUAAUUCAUGUGCUUCGUCUUCUACAUUUUAUGGCUCCAAUGAAUUUAGUGGGGAUGGUACCGGAGUUGGAAGCAUUUCUUCUGAAUCUUUUCGACCUGAGUACCAGCAGAAGAAGGCCAAGCUACUAUAUAUGCAGGAGGAGGUUUGCAGAAGGUAUAAGCAAUACCAUCAACAAAUGCAGAUGGUGGUUUCGUCGUUUGAAACUGUUGCAGGAUUGAGUGCUUCAACGCCUUACAUUUGCUUAGCAUUGAAGAUGGUGGCAAGGCAUUUCAGGUGCUUGAAGAAUGUCAUCACAGACCAGCUAAAGCAUAUAAGGAAAGCCUUAGGAGAGGAUUUAUCAUCGCCCACUACUGGAACGAGCAGUAGUAAAGGUGAAGCGAAUACAGCUAGGCUAAAGUACAUGGAGCAGAGUUUCCAAAAGCAUAAAUCUAGUGGGGUUGGUGUGGGGUUCGCUGAGCCCCAACAACAACACAUCUGGAGGCCCCAAAGAGGCCUACCAGAACGUUCAGUGGCUAUUCUCAGAGCUUGGCUGUUUGAGCAUUUUCUUCAUCCCUACCCCACUGAUACAGACAAGCACAUGUUAGCCACUCAAACAGGUCUAUCCCGAAACCAGGUGUCAAACUGGUUCAUAAAUGCCCGAGUUCGAGUUUGGAAACCUAUGGUUGAAGAAAUACACAUGCUUGAAACCAAAGGCUUGGCAGAAGUUGGCCAAAGUCCUGGCAAGCGUGAUGGAAACUCUGCAACUGAAGGCACCAGCAGACAAAGCAAUGACCAGACAUCAAACAGACUUGUUACCAAUAUGAUGCCCAAAAAGCAAUUAGAAUGCUCCUCCACGCUUUCCUCGGUAGGCAUUAUGGACUGUUCGAGCGGCGAGCAGGUGAAUAAUCAGGAGAAACGAUCGAGAUUGGAGUGCCAAGAUCCGACAAGCGUGGCAGGGGCAUUGGCAGGGUUUGUACCUUAUCAGAGAAGUGGUCUUGAGGUUGGAGGGCUCGGAGCCGUGUCACUGACGUUGGGUCUUAGACAUGGUGUGGAAAGUGCACAACAACAGCACAACCACCACCAACAACAAUUGAGGCAGCAAGAGGAUCAGCUUAGGAGGCAACUUGGAGGUCAAAUGAUUCAUGAUUUUGUGGGGUAAUUUUACACCCAAAAUAUUUGACAGAAGAAUGAAACCAAUAUAUAUAAAAAAUUGAAAAAAAAGAAAAAAAGAAAAAAAAAAAGAAAAAAAAGAAGACGAAAUAAGAGGGGAAAGGGGAACAGCUCUUUAUCCUACACCUCGAUUUCAGUAGAUCACAUUUUGAAUGCCUAAUGGUUGAUUUGGUCGCUUCAUGUUUGAAUGUGGUUAAUAGAUAAUUUCUUCUUGUGCCUGAAAAGUACCCAUUUCUGCUGAUGGAUUGAGAAGGGUAGAGCUGCAAUUAUGCCGUUUUUAUGGGUAAGAGGUUUUAGUUGAGGGGAAGUGCAAAAUGGUUUAUGUGAGAUUUGAAAAGUUUAUAUGGUUCGUGGGAAGGCUUAGUGAUCAUGACGGGUGGUUCAUCAACUUGUGUUUAAGAGGUAAAUUAUGGUUAAUAUGGUGCAAACUGAAAUUAUCAUGUGAAUUCACGGGAAAAAAAAAAAAGAAAAAAAAGAAAAAAAAGAAAAAAAGAAAAAAAAGAAGCAAUUUAAAAUUAUCAUGCGAAUUCACCAAAAGAAGGAAAAAAAAGAAAAAAAGAAAAGAAAAAAAAAAGUAACGUUAUGGGCCACCAAAUUUGUUUUGACUUAGAUAGUAAAUGAGAUGACAGCUGUGAAGUGAUACCGCACCUUUUUUUCUAAAAUAAAAGUUAUUGUAACCUGAUUGAAAAAUAAAAUAUAAAUGGGAUGACAAUUUAUUAA